GCCAGGGGAGACGUCGUGGAGAUUGAGGGUUAGGAGAGCAAAACAGUUAUAAAGGAAAAAAUUACAAUUGCUUCCGUUUACUUAUAACACCAUCUUCAAAAUAUGAAUUUAGCUAUUCCUGUAAAUAGAAGUCGGGUAAAUGGGCGAGCAGUUUCGUAGAUAGACGAAACGUUAGUCUACUGGAGGCUAUGCUUGCUUGGCAAACUGAAGAUAAUGUCAGGGAAUGGCUGAAAAUCCCUAAACUAGUCUAUUGCCGUUGCCUGGGUGGAAUUGUCUUCUCGUACUGAAAAUAUCGGACACAUGGAAAUAAAAACGGUUAGCUUGUAACCGUGGGAAGGAUCCACAACACAUCUGGGUGUGAGGAAUUCCAGUCGGUCUUCGGUUUGGAAACGCAUUCGAAGUUUGAACGUAAAGAGACAUUUUGCUGCAUCGAAUUCCUUUUCACGGGAUGUCAUCUGCCGCCGACAGAAUUCCACGAGUUAACUGACCAUCUGCCUCUCGGUAACAGAGGCCGAGCGAGCCAGGCGUAAAGAUGGGUGAUGCGGCACAUACCAAGGCGUUGAGACGAACCUUUAUCGUCCCCUCGAUCAAGGCGUUUGAUCAUUAUGAUUUCACAAGGGCUAAAAUAUCCUGUAGCUUCACAUGGCUUGUGGCCAAAGCCUUUGGCUCAGAUGCGGUCCCUGAGGAGCUGGCUGACCCCUUCUACAGGGACCAGUACAGCCAGGAGCACCUGAAGCCCCCCGUGGCGUCCCUGCUGCUGUCUGCAGAGCUCUACUGCCGGGCGGGUAGUCUCAUCCUCCGCAGCGAUGCCGUCAAACCUCUGCUGGGACACAACGCCGUCAUCCAGGCCCUGGCACAGAAGGGACUGUACGUCACAGACCAGGACCGACUGGUCACAGAGAGGGACCUGACCAGCACUCCUAUAUGCAUGAGUUCCCACCUGGCCCUGAUAGACACUCUGAUGUUGGCGUACACGGUGGAGAUGGUGAGUGUGGAGCGGGUGAUGGCGUGUGUCCACAGAUGCUCCUCCCCUCUCAGCGACCCCUCCUCCCACCCCGACGGACACAUCAGAGAUCUGCCCUACGACACUGAGGACGCAGUCACCACAUGGAUCAACAAGGUGAAUGAGCACCUCAGGGAGAUUCUGGUGGAGGAGCAGAGGUUGAGAGAGAGCUCUUGUCUUGAGACCACAGCUACAGGAGCUCAGAGGGCACGCUACAGGAGGGAGUAUGCCCAGCAGAGGUCAGCUCCAUCACUCCCCCUGGUGGACAAUCUGCUGAAGGACAACACAGAUGGCUGUGCCCUGGCCGCACUCCUCCACUUCUACUGCACAACGUCCAUCAGACUGGAAGAUAUCUGUCUGAAGGAGACCAUGUCGCUGGCUGACAGUCUGUACAAUCUGCAGCUGGUGCAGGAGUUCUGCAGGGACAACCUCAACCACUGCUGCCACUUCUCCCUGGAGGACAUGCUCUAUGCCCACUCUUCCAUCAAGAACAACUACCUGGUGUUUAUGGCAGAGCUGUUCUGGUGGUUUGAAGUGGUGAAGCCUUCGUUUGUACAGCCCAGAGUCUUUGACCCACAAGCCUGUGAUCCUGCCCAUUCAUCCAGGACUAUGGGUCCUAUGUGUAGCCCAGCCAAAAAGGACUUUGGGGACAGACCUGACAGCCCAAAACACGACAGGCUUCAACCAGACUCUGCUUCAGGUGUGAUCAAGAGGUCGGCGUCCAUGUCCUAUGUGGACGGCUGUGUGGGGACGUGGCCUAAGGAGAGACGGUCUCGGGGCAUCUCCUUUGAGAUUCCUCUGGACGGGGACCCAAGCGCCCCUCCCUGUCGGAGUCCUUCCCUCCGAGGCAUGACCCGCUCUGCCAGCACAGAGGGCCUGGGGGGGUUCAAAGUUCACCACACACCUCGUGGGGGCAUGAGGCACCAACUCCCCUUUCAGCCGGUCAGCGUUAACGGUCAGGGUUGCAGUGCCGGGCACAUACCCGAGGAGGACUACGACAGGGACUCACUUAACUACAACUCCCAUAAAGCACUGGGGCGUGGGCAGACUCAGACACAUAGGAACCAGAGCAGAUAUUCCAAUGGCGUUCUCCCAGAGAACGGCAAGGGCGGCAGUAGCCCCGUCAGCUCGUCAACCCCGCCCAGCAUCGAGGAGGCCCUGAAUAUCAUCCACGACACAGAGAGGCCCCACGGCAGCCUGGGGCCCGGGGCCAACGGCUUCUUCCUACAUGAUGGAGCCGAACCUCCAGACCCAGGCGACGACCCUGACGACUACCCAGGAUCGGCUAAGGCCCGGGCGGACGAGGCCGACCCCAACUCAGCCUCUACGGAUGAGGUGGACACAGGGAUCCACGUGAGGACGGAGGACAUCCAGGAGAGUUUGGAGGAGGACAACUCUUCCCUCAGGGACUACUCUGAUAUAGACCCUGACUAUGAGGCUAUGACCCGAUCCUGUCCCCUAACAGAGGGGGAUGGAGAGAGGGGGGUGAGGAACAGAGACAGGGGAGAGAGGAGCAGCCCAUGCCCCAGCUCGGUGCCCCCCGCUCCCCUGUCCCAUGUGCCCAGCCCUGCCUCAUCCUCUGGCGGUUCAGGCGGAGGCGUGGUUCGCAUGACCAGCUUCGCCGAGCAGAAGUUUCGUAAGCUUGAGGGACGGAGCAGUGGAGGGACCACCCCCGAGAGCUCCGAGCUCAAUGUUCCGAACACGCCCCCCGCACAAACUGCCACACCUGAGAGCCCGGCCACACCCUCUACCAGAGACCACACCCACCUGCUGUCGUCAGAGAUGGUGCACCUGAAGAUGAAGCUGGAGGAGAAACGCAGAGCCAUCGAGGCCCAGAAGAAGAAGGUGGAGGCAGCGUUCACCCGGCAUCGUCAGAAGAUGGGCCGUACAGCCUUCCUCAACGUGGUGAGACGGAAAGGGAUAACCCCCUCUCCCACCAGCCCCAUCCCUGGGGGCCCAGACCUGGACAAAUCCUCCCCAGACCCCCUCCUCACCCCGUCAGGCAGUCUGGGCCAGGCGGAGAGGUGCAAGCCCGAUGGAGCCGCUCCCAAGUCCCCCUGCGAGGAGGGUGCAGGGCUAGUGGCUGGAGAGGUGGACCUGGCUGAGUACACGAGCUCUAUCGAGAGGCUGAACACGUCCCUGGGGUUCCUGCAGACGGAGAUGCAGCGGCUGGCUCAGCAGCAGGACAGGAUCAUGGCCAUGAGGGAACAGCAACAGUCCUGGGUCAUACCUCCUCCAGCGCCCUCACCACACAGGCAGCUACGGGAGCUCCGGCGCAACAGCGUAGCCGGCCGGGGGUCCGUGGGGUCCCUGUCCCCCAUCCUGUCCUCUGCCGGUGGUUCCCCCCGCGCCCCCCACCGUUCCCCUGGAGGCCUCAAGCGCCGACCAGCCUCCUUCCACGCCAGCACCCCUCACACCCCCCGUACCCCACGCCCCAGCGAGCUCAAGGUAACCCCCUUAAGACGGAUGCUCAACACCCCCACGUCCGUGGACAGUCUGCCCAGGCUACGACGCUUCUCCCCGAGCCAGACCCAGGUCACCUCCUUUGCCUACCUGGGACAUGAUGAGGGUCCUGGGGCCACAGAAGAGGGCAAGGAGGGAGGGGCCCCAGGGGGAGCAGAGGAGCCCCAGAACCAAAAUGAGCAGCCUGAGACACAGCCAGAGGUAGCAGAGUCGGGGAUAAGGAGUGCAGGCGCUCAUCCCUCCUCGCCCACUAAAGGGAGAGAGCAGGAGAGGAGAGAUGGAAGGACGGAGAAGUUGGCAGAGGUGCUGUCCCAACCCAGUAGAGACCUGGUAGAAAUACCAAUGUCCGCACUGAAGCCUCUGGGAGGACAGGGUCUGGAGACGAGUGGAGAGCUGUACGGAGACCACCAGGAAAUGUGCUGUGGGUUCUUCUACAAGGACGAUGGGAAGGGAGAGGAGGACAUGGCGGUGAAGAGGGCUGCUCUGCUUGAGAAGAGGCUGAGGAGAGAGAAGGAGACACAGGAGAAGAAACAGCAGCAGGAGCUGGAGCAGGAGCAGAGGAAGGAGGAAGCACGGCUGAAAGCAGAGGAGGAGCAGCAGAAGCGAGAGGACGACAAGCAAAGGAAAGAUUACAUAAAGAACGAGUACAUGAGGAGGAAGCAUUUGAAGCAGGUGGAGGAUAUGGAUGUCAGGCCCCGCCAUGGAAGUCUUAAAAAGAAGCCACGCCCCAAAUCCAUCCACAGGGACGUCAUGGAGUCACCCAAGCCCCCCAUCAGAGCCACGGGUACUCGACCGCGGGGGUUCUCAGUCUCCAGCAUGUCCCUGGCCUCCCUCAACCUGGCCGACAACGACAGCAACGCGGGAGAUAAGAGGACCCCCAGGCCAGACUCUGCGAGGCCAGACUCUGCAGAGGGCAAUCUGUCGUCCUGCCCGUCUCGUAAUGGAGAGAAGGACUGGGAGAACGAGUCCACAACCUCCUCCACUCCCUCCAACCAAGAGUACACAGGCCCAAAGCUGUACAAGGAGCCCAGUGCCAAGUCCAACAAGCAUAUCAUCCAGAAUGCACUGGCCCACUGCUGCCUAGCGGGCAAGGUCAACGAAGAGCAGAAGAACAAGAUAAUAGAUGAAAUGGAGAGGUCGGGGGCCAAUAACUUCCUGGUUCUAUUCCGGGACACGGGUUGCCAGUUCCGCUCGGUGUACUCCUACUGUCCAGAGACGGAGGAGAUCACCAAGCUGGCGGGCAUCGGGCCAAAGAGCAUCACGGCCAAGAUGAUCGAGGGACUGUACAAGUACAACUCGGACAGGAAGCAGUUCAGCCACAUCCCGGCCAAGACCAUGUCGGCUAGUGUAGACGCCAUCACCAUCGCCCCCCACCUGUGGCAGACCAAGAAACAGGGCACACCCAAGAAACUGGGUAGUCUCAAGUAGUCACAGCAACAAGCCGUUUUCAUAACAAACCAAGGAUAUUGUUGUUCGGUGUCUUGGGCUAUAGUUGAGGACUGAGGGGAGACUUUGUGGGUUAUCCGACCCAGGAAUGGACCCAGGUCUGGGUAUGACCUGGGAUAUUACAGGGUCUGGUUUGGUAUGAACGGUGCUAAAGAGUCCAGCUUUCUAAUGUUCUUUCCCAGUAAGAUAUCCCCAGAACACUUAAACUCAGCAUUCAUCUGGGUCUGAUAUCUGAUAUACAGUAUAGUUGGAUGAUUAUGUAGAAGGGUUUUUCUUCUUAACAAAACACUGCUGAAAUUAUUACUGGAAUGUAGGAGAAAAAAACAACACAAGCCUCAAGGGACAUUAUUGUUGUUA